CUUACUCCGCAUACCCUAUUCUCAAAUGCUGACGAUUUUUUUUUGUAAAUAGGACGUAAUAAGGGCUUGCUUGAACUUGACUUGAAGCUUGAUGAUUUGCUUGAGAUGCAGAAAGCUGGUCAGGAAGAUCUCGACCUGGAGUACGUUCAGAUCAACGUAAACCGGGUUCUUGUCUUACUCAACAAGCGAUUUUCUCGAAAGAAGGGGUGGUAAGCGUUGCACAAACACUGGGGGCGAUGCGAAGCCAGCAUCAGUAUAUUUGCGUAGGCCCCCAAUCUCUGUGCAUAAUCGGGCCUCUACAAUCUUUCAGUGAUUCCCGCCAAUACAUAUUCGGGUUGUUUUUUAUUUCUACUCAUGGGCAUGCAUUCAAAACGCCAAAUGAAUGUACGAUUUGCGGGACAGGUGCUUAUUGGUCAUGGCAGGGCGGGAGUACAGUGGGAUACCUCUUUUUAAUUACCUUUUUUAUUAAUCUUCGGCACAGCAUUUCUGCCCUGUACUUUGACAGUCGCAUUUGUUGGCGAGUCAUCUCGUUUAUUUAUUUUAUCCAUCUCAAGGCUUUUCUCCUGGGGUGCGACAAGAGGUCUGGUUCUUUUCAUCAUUUUCAUCCUCUCGGUCUGAAUGGCUUUCUGGGUCUGGCAUGGCAUGUUUGCCUCUUUCAAGUUCGAUUCCCCUUGGCGAUGUACGGGCUUUGCUCCGCUUCCAGCCUUUGUUCUCUUCGCUCCGGGCUGGCCUGGAAGGAAGAUAAGAGAGCGGCGGUUUUCUGUUUGGCUAGUUAUUUUUUCAGAUUUGUUUUUCCAUUUCGUUUCCUCUCUUUUCUCUCUUCUUUCCUAGGGAUCUUCCUGUUGAAUUUCUUUUAAUUGUUGUUUCGAAAGUGCUGGGAAGAUUUACUAUCUUGAUGAAACAUGAAGUUUUCUUUUUAUUGUGGGCAAGGUCGAAACAUUUGAGCAAAAGCAGCUCGGAAGACAUGGUAGGGUAUUUAGACGCGGGUGAGCACUCGCGGGUAAUAUGGCUUAAUUUGAUACCAUG